AUGUGCGGGAAGUCGAUGGAUGCAGGCCAGUCCGGGCGCGCGGCGAGCCUGAACCGGUUCGACCCGAAGUACGCGUCGUUCGGGCCGCGCGCGCCCCGCCCGCGCCCCGCCGCCCCCGCCCCGCCCCUCGCCACCUUCACGCCCGCGCCCGCCGCCGCCGCCGCCCCCUCCCCCGCCGCCGCCCCGCGCCCCCCCGCCGACAAGUACGCGACGGUGAGGCCCGCGCGGCGCGCCGAGCCGCAGCCGCUCUCCGCCGCCGCGCUCGAGUACCGCAGCCUGCAGCGGCCGCGCCGCCAGCAGCCGGGCGCCGCCGCCCAGCACAGGCGCCGCCCCGACCGCCCCGAGCGCCAGCACCACGACCAGCGCGACCUCUACGCCGUCACCGAACUG